CACUCCAGAUGGCAGUGAAAGUCAUGGGUCUGAAUGAGAUCACCAAGAAAAGUGUCGUAGGAUCAAGUUAGCCCUGGGAACUGUCAACACUGAGAGGUCGGGUAGAGUGGGGAGACCGAGCGGGUUGGCGGUGAGGUGCGAAGAAGGCUGGCAGGGUGUGGCAUCUCAGCUGCCCCCGGAAGGAGUGGUGAGGAAGGAGGGUCUGGGUCUCGGUGGCCAGCGCUGCUGUUGGUCAAGAAGGGGGAGGCCCGAGAACCCCCACUGGAUUUGGCCACCUAGAGGUCACUGACAACUCUGACAAGGUCAGAUGCAGUGGGAAGGUGGGGGCGCAAGGCUGACUGGAGGGAGUUUAGAGAAAGUGGGAACUCAUUUAAACUUGGCUUUUACAUCACAAGCAUUAUUCCAUGCCAUUAAAAGUCUCUUUUAAACAGAGGCUGGAAAGGAUGUGUGGGUGGGAGGAGAGGUGAAGACAGGUUGGUGAAUGGGCACAGAUGCACAGGCAGAAGGAAUAAAUUCUAAGUUUGAUAGCAGAGCAGGGUGAGUGAAGUUAACAAUGUACUGUAUAUUUCAGAAUAGCUAGAAGAGAGGACUUGAAAUGUCCCCAAAUACCGAAGGUGAUGGAUAGAUACCUCACCUACCCUGACUUGAUCGUUACCUGUUCUGUGCAUGUAAUGAAAUAUCACAUGCAUAAAUAUGUACAAAUAUUUAUGUGUCAAUAAAAUACUCUUUAAACAUUGUUUUUAAUGAUAGUAUCACAGUCCAUGAUUCUUACCUAUUCCCUGUUUGUUUUAUAAGUUUGUAGUCUCGGGGGUGGGGGGGUGGUCUUUCCUAACUCUAAUUUUACCACUGUAUGUUGAAUGUUAUACUUCAGUAGGCAUAUUUGAAUAUAAAAUUUCCUAGAUUAAAAAUGAUAAGACACAGCUGGAUGAUUAUUUUUAGGGCUUAAUCCUAAACUGUGGCCAAUUCACAGAAAGUCUGUACCAGCGUACACCCUCCUCAGCAGUGUGGGAGUGUGUUUGUCUCAUUGCACACCUCUCUUCCUCUAUAAAGUGUUAAGUUAUAACAGCGAUGGUGGGUGCUAUGGGCUGAAUUGUGUUUCCUCAAGAUUCAUGGGUAGAAAUCCUAAUCCCCAGGAUCUCAGAAUGUGACAGUGUUUGGAAUCAGAAUCUUUAAAGAGGUCAUUGAGUUAAAGUGAGGCCAUUAAUGUGGGCCUUAGACCAGUAUGACUGAUGCUCUUAUAAGAAGAGGAAAUUUGGACACAGAAAUGUGGAGACACAGGGGAAAGAUGGCCAUCUGCAAGCCAAGGAGAGAAGCCUCAAAAGAGACCAGCCCAGCUGAUGCCUUGACCUUGGACUCCAGAAUUCGAGCUGCGUUCCACCGUGCCAGAACGGAGGGAUGUGUCUCCGGCCUCAACUCUGUGUGUGUAAACCGGGGACCAAGGGCAAAGCCUGUGAGACAAUAGCUGCCCGGGAUACCUCGUCGCCUGUCUUUGCAGGACAGAGUCCUGGGGCUGCCUCCUCCUGGGUCCCUCCUGAGCAAGCAGCAAAGCACACUUCGUCUAAGAAGGCAGACGCUCUACCGAGAGUCAGUCCUGUGGCCCAGAUGACCUUGACCCUCAAGCCGAAGCCUUCAGUUGGACUCUCCCAGCAGAUACGUCCUCAAGUGACGCCCCUUUCCUCACAGAAUGUGAGGAUCCAUCGUGGCCAGACCCAAGAAUAUGUGCUCCAGCCCAAGUACUUUCCAGCCCAGAAGGUGGUUUCGGGAGAGCAGUCCACCGAAGGUUCCUUCCCUUUAAGAUUCGGCCAGGAUCAAGUUGCAGCACCUUUUCAGCUGAGUAACCACACUGGCCGCAUCAAGGUGGUCUUUACUCCGAGCAUCUGUAGAGUGACCUGCACCAAGGGCAGCUGUCAGAACAGCUGUGAGAAGGGGAACACCACCACUCUCAUUAGUGAGAAUGGUCAUGCCGCCGACACCCUGACGGCCACGAACUUCCGAGUGGUAAUUUGCCAUCUUCCAUGUAUGAAUGGUGGCCAGUGCAGUUCAAGGGACAAAUGUCAGUGCCCACCAAAUUUCACAGGGAAGCUUUGUCAGAUCCCAGUUCACGGUGCCAGCAUGCCUAAACUGUAUCAGCAUUCCCAGCAGCCGGGCAAGGUGUUGGGGACACAUGUCAUCCAUUCUACACAUACCUUGCCUCUGACCAUGACUAGCCAGCAGGGGGUCAAAGUGAAAUUUCCUCCCAACAUAGUCAAUAUCCACGUGAAACAUCCUCCUGAGGCAUCAGUCCAGAUACAUCAGGUUUCAAGAAUCGAUGGCCCAACAGGCCAGAAGGUAAAAGAAGCUCAACCAGGCCAGUCUCAAAUCUCUUACCAAGGGCUUCCUGUCCAGAAGACCCAGACUGUACAUUCCACGUACUCCCAGCAGCAGGUCAUUCCUCAUGUCUAUCCUGUGACUGCCAAGACGCAGCUUGGCCGGUGCUUCCAGGAAACCAUUGGGUCACAGUGUGGCAAAGCGCUCCCUGGCCUUUCAAAGCAAGAGGACUGCUGUGGAACCGUGGGUACCUCCUGGGGCUUUAAUAAAUGCCAGAAGUGCCCCAAGAAGCCAUCCUAUCAUGGAUAUAACCAAAUGAUGGAAUGCCUACAAGGUUAUAAGCGGGUUAACAACACCUUUUGUCAAGAUAUUAAUGAAUGCCAACUACAAGGUGUGUGCCCUAAUGGUGAGUGUUUGAAUACCAUGGGCAGCUAUAGAUGUACCUGCAAAAUGGGAUUUGGGCCGGAUCCUACCUUUUCAAGUUGUGUUCCGGAUCCCCCUGUGAUCUCGGAAGAGAAAGGGCCCUGUUACCGACUUGUCAGUUCCGGAAGGCAGUGUAUGCACCCUCUGUCUGUUCACCUCACCAAGCAGCUUUGCUGUUGUAGCGUGGGCAAGGCCUGGGGCCCACACUGUGAGAAAUGUCCCCUUCCAGGCACAGCUGCUUUUAAGGAAAUCUGUCCUGGUGGAAUGGGUUAUACGGUUUCUGGCGUUCAUAGACGCAGGCCAAUCCAUCACCAUGUAGGUAAAGGACCUGUAUUUGUCAAGCCAAAGAACACUCAACCUGUUGCUAAAAGUACUCAUCCUCCACCUCUCCCAGCCAAGGAAGAGCCAGUGGAGGCCCUGACCUUCUCCCGGGAACACGGGCCAGGAGUGGCGGAGCCAGAAGUGGCAACUGUACCCCCUGAAAAGGAAAUACCUUCAUUGGAUCAAGAGAAAACCAAACUUGAGCCUGGUCAACCCCAGCUCUCUCCUGGCAUUUCGACUAUUCAUCUGCAUCCACAGUUUCCAGUAGUGAUUGAAAAAACAUCACCUCCUGUGCCUGUUGAAAUAGCUCCUGAAGCUUCUACAUCAAGUGCCAGCCAAGUGAUCGCGCCUACUCAAGUAACAGAAAUCAAUGAAUGUACUGUGAACCCUGAUAUCUGUGGAGCAGGACACUGCAUUAACCUACCGGUGAGAUAUACCUGUAUAUGCUACGAGGGUUACAAGUUCAGUGAACAACAGAGGAAAUGUGUUGAUAUUGAUGAAUGUACUCAGGUCCAACACCUCUGCUCCCAGGGACGCUGUGAAAACACUGAGGGAAGUUUCUUGUGUAUUUGCCCAGCGGGAUUUAUGGCCAGUGAGGAGGGUACUAGCUGCAUAGAUGUUGACGAGUGCCUGAGGCCGGACGUGUGUGGGGAAGGGCACUGCAUCAACACGGAGGGGGCCUUCCGGUGCGAAUACUGCGACAGCGGGUACCGCAUGACCCGGGGAGGCCAUUGCCAGGAUAUUGAUGAAUGUUUGACCCCAAGUACUUGUCCCGAUGAGCAGUGUGUGAAUUCUCCUGGAUCUUACCAGUGUGUUCCCUGCACAGAAGGAUUCCGAGGCUGGAAUGGACAGUGCCUCGAUGUGGAUGAGUGCCUGGAACCAAACGUCUGCACAAAUGGUACUUGUUCCAACCUUGAAGGCUCCUACAUGUGUUCAUGCCACAAGGGCUAUAACCCGACUCCAGACCACAAGCACUGUAAAGAUAUUGAUGAAUGUCAGCAGGGGAAGCUGUGCAUAAAUGGGCAGUGCAAAAAUACCGAGGGCUCCUUCAGGUGCACCUGUGGGCAGGGGUACCAGCUGUCGGCAGCUAAAGACCAGUGUGAAGAUAUUGAUGAAUGCCAGCACCGUCACCUCUGCACUCACGGGCAGUGCAGGAACACAGAGGGCUCUUUCCAGUGCGUGUGUGACCAGGGUUACAGAGCGUCCGCACUUAGAGACUACUGUGAAGAUAUCAACGAGUGCUUGGAGGACAACAGUGUUUGCCAGAGAGGAGACUGCAUUAAUACUGAAGGCUCGUAUGAUUGUACCUGUCCAGAUGGGUUCCAGCUAAAUGACAAUAAAAGAUGUCAAGAUAUUAAUGAAUGUGAACAGCCAGGGCUCUGUGGUCCUCAUGGGGAGUGUCUAAACACAGAUGGUUCUUUUCACUGUGUCUGCGAACAGGGUUUCUCAAUCUCUGCAGAUGGCCGUACGUGUGAAGAUAUUGAUGAAUGUGUAAACAACACUGUUUGUGACAGUCACGGGUUUUGUGACAAUACAGCUGGCUCCUUCCGCUGCCUCUGUUAUCAGGGCUUUCAAGCCCCACAGGAUGGGCAAGGGUGUGUGGAUGUGAACGAAUGUGAGCUGCUCAGUGGGGUGUGUGGUGAAGCCUUCUGUGAGAAUGUGGAAGGGUCCUUCCUGUGCGUGUGCACGGACGAAAACCAGGAGUACAGCCCCAUGACCGGGCAGUGCCGCUCCCGGGCCUCUGGAGAUGUAGAUCAACCCAGAGAAGAAAAGAAAGAAUGCUACUAUAAUCUGAACGACGCCAGUCUCUGCGACAACGUGCUGGCCCCCAAUGUCACCAAACAAGAAUGCUGCUGUACCUCAGGCGCCGGGUGGGGGGACAACUGCGAGAUCUUCCCCUGCCCAGUCUUGGGAACCGCUGAGUUCACUGAAAUGUGUCCUAGAGGGAAAGGUUUUGUCCCUGCUGGAGAAGCUUCUGAUGAAACUGGUGACGACAACUACAAAGAUGCCGAUGAAUGCUUACUUUUUGGACAAGAAAUUUGCAAAAAUGGUUUCUGUUUGAACACUCAGCCUGGUUAUGAAUGCUACUGUAAGCAAGGGACAUACUAUGAUCCCGUCAAAUUGCAGUGUUUUGAUAUGGAUGAAUGUCAAGACCCCAAUAGUUGUAUUGACGGCCAGUGUGUUAAUACAGAAGGCUCUUACAACUGCUUCUGUACUCAUCCAAUGGUCCUGGAUGCUUCAGAGAAAAGAUGUAUACGACCAGCUGAAUCAAAUGAACAAAUCGAAGAAACCGAUGUCUACCAAGAUCUUUGCUGGGAACAUCUGAGUGAUGAGUAUGUGUGCAGCCGGCCUCUUGUGGGCAAGCAGACGACGUACACCGAGUGCUGCUGUUUGUACGGAGAGGCCUGGGGCAUGCAGUGUGCCCUUUGCCCCAUGAAAGAUUCAGAUGACUACGCCCAGCUGUGCAACAUCCCGGUGACGGGACGCCGGCGGCCGUAUGGACGCGAUGCCCUGGUGGACUUCAGUGAACAGUAUGCGCCGGAAGCCGAUCCCUACUUCGUUCAGGACCGUUUUCUAAAUAGCUUUGAGGAGUUACAGGCUGAGGAGUGUGGCAUCCUCAAUGGUUGUGAAAACGGCCGCUGUGUGAGGGUCCAGGAAGGUUACACCUGUGAUUGCUUUGAUGGGUAUCACUUGGAUAUGGCCAAGAUGACCUGUGUCGACGUGAAUGAAUGCGAUGAGUUGAACAACCGGAUGUCUCUCUGCAAGAACGCCAAGUGCAUUAACACGGAAGGUUCCUACAAGUGUUUGUGUCUGCCAGGCUACGUACCAUCUGACAAGCCCAACUACUGCACUCCGUUGAAUACCGCCUUGAAUUUAGAAAAAGACAGUGACCUGGAGUGAAAGAGAAUCUACGUAACCUAAGCCCAUAUACUCUGCACUGUGUAAAGGAAAAGGGAGAAAAUGUAUUAUACUUGAGACAUUGUGCCUAACCCAGAAUGUUGCAAAACACGGAAACAGCAUGGAGUUGCGUGUCCUCUGAAGACGGUGAAAGGAUUUAGGAUGAGCCUGACUGGUGUGACAGACCAAAUGGACAUUUCUCUGAAAAAAAAAACCGUUAUAUAUAGUCUGUUCAUAUGUAAAAUUCAGUGGAAAAGAGGUGGAACAGUGCUGUUAUUUUAAACAGAAGGUUGUAUUAUUAUGUUGUUUUGUUUUGUUUUUUACUAUUGCUUGAUUAAAUUUGGCAUUUAAAUAGUGGU